AUGUCGUACUACGGCAACGGGCAGAACUACUACAACCCGAGCAUCCCGCCUUCGAGCUCGGGCCAAUAUCACGACGACCGACGAACACCAACCGCUGGGAAUGGGAACGACGCAAACGGGGGCUACGGCUUCCCCGCCGCGGGCAGGCGCAACAGCUUUGCUACGCGCCAGAAUGACGAGCUUUUCAUGGGCGACACGGGCAUGAGCCAGCAGCCUACGUCGCCCACGGCCGGCGGAUUUGGCAGCGGAUACCCGUACCAGUCGCCGACGCAGCAGUACAACCCGCAGCACUAUGGCUCGCCCGUCGUCUCCCAGCCGAAUCCGCAGCAUUUCGGGGGCCUCAACAGAUCAUUUCCCACCGCGCCUGCGCACCCGCCUUACAAUCCCGCCCUCUAUGCUGAGAGCAACCUGAACAGGAACAACACCGUGAGCCACCCCUACGGCUUCUCCCCGACCUCGCCCACGACCGGCUCCUACGGAUCGCCUACGUUCCAUCAGCAGUCGCAGUUCGGCAGAACAACUUCCGUCCAGCACGGGCGGUCAGCUUACACCCCUCCCGCGCCGCCGCCACUGCCAGUGGUACCGGGAAGCGCGCAAUCACCGGCCGACGACUGGGGCAGCUAUCCGGCGCGCCAGCCGUCGACCUCCUCGCACUCGUACCACCGUUCCUCCGACGCCUCCCACGCUCCGCUUCCUUCCCCGCCUACCUACGAUACAGGCUAUGGCUCGCAAGAGCAUAUCAACCGGUAUCCCUCGACCUCGAGCCAUCGUUCGAAUCCUCUUCCUCCGACACCCGAAGUGCCUCCUCACCAGCAGUCGCCGCAACGGCAGGAUACUCUCGGUCGAAGACCGCUCCCCCCACCGCCUCCUCCGAACGAGUCCGACAGUGAGGAUUACUUUGCCGCGCAGAAUGGGGACCGAUACAAUCAAGACGAGCUGUUCACUCAGGUAGAGAGCAUGGCCACUGGCGGCGGAAGCCCUUCUAUCCAGGUACAGCAAGCGAACGGAAACCAUUACUACAGCCAGGUAGAGCGUCAGCCGUCCGGGCGAAACGGUGGCCGCAUAAACGGGGAUCAUCUUGCACCAUACCCAGUCCAGGAUACGUAUACCAGCGAUAGCGAUGUUGAAGCAGCUGCUGGUUUGGCUGCUCUUCGAAUGGCAGAGGAACAGGAGGAGGCAGACGAGGCUCGGAGACGGAGCGGAGGUGCCGGGCUGUUCAGCAACUACGCAUCCAUUCAGUCCCCACAGCUACCGAACAAUACUAGUCGGCCCGCUGAGGAGAGCGCUAGCGACAGCGACUAUGUGCCGGUUGAUGUUGGCUUAUAUGGGGGAAACUUCGAGCCACAUUUUACGUACGGCGGCGGCCCAAAUCAACUGGCUUCUGGUGGCAGUUCCUUCGAGCCCAGCAGCCAUCCGGUAUCUUCUUCCGGCUCUCAGCGGCGGUCCGAGGCCGCGAGCGACGACUACGAUCCUAUUCACCCAUUCCCCUCUUUCUCGUCGAACGCUCGGGUAGAUACAUUCGGCACUGGUGGUCUAGAAGAACCGAGCGCUCGGCGGAGAAGCUACGAUGAAGGCGACGAAGCGGCACUUACCGACUACCAACCAGCCGUCCCUGGAGAGCCCCCAGACAUGUUCUAUCACCCCGGCAUGUCCACCAACCGCCCGUUGCCUCCACCGCCUGCGAGCAACAACCGACGUGCCCAUAAUCAGAGCGUAAGCUCUACUGGGUCAUAUGAGUACUGGCGUAAUUCCCAGCCCUCACGUGGGUCAUACCCUGUUGAUCCACAAUCCAUGCAAAUGGUGUCUCCGACAGGCACCGUCGUGCCAAGGUCAACCUCCCUACUCCAACAUAGCAACACCCCUCAGGCGGUACCACUUCCGAGAUCGAAAACAGAUGCUGAACAAGGGCAUAGAGCUCGACAAGCGGCUAAUCGGAACACGUUUUACGGUGGCGCUAUUGAUAGUGAUGGUAAUACUCUGACGCCCGCAAGCGCUGAAGCCGUUGCCAUCGAUUUACCCACUCUCCCAGCCGGGAAGCGAUUCAAUCCCGCCAAGCUUUCUACUGCCGAUUUCAAGAAAUGCUCUGAGCCGUGGGCUUUGAGCUCCAUAAUCGCCUGGCUCAAGGUCAUGACCGAAGGAGAGAAUGAUCUGAAGGAGGGUCCUAUUCACGAGGGUCUUGUGGCACUCUUUACGCACAAGGUUUCUACUAUGAACAUUGCCGAUGCCGAGACUCUAGCCAGCCGAGUCGUGGCCGAGAUGUACAAGGCUGGUACCCUCGUGCAUGAAGAGGAAUGGCUAAAGUUCUCCUCUGAGACAAUGACCGGGGUGAUAUUCCAACUCACCGGCGCUGGUUGCUACGCUCCAAUGCUGCAUACGUACUCUACUCCCGGGCGAUGCUACGCGUAUCAUUGUCAAAGGACACUAAAGAAGUUAGAUUUGCAAGGUCCUUCCGGCGCACCACAGUCCGAUGACUGGGCUACCUUCUUCAAGCUGAAGAAAGAGGAUAUCGAGGGAGUGAAUAAGAAGGAGGUGGAGCGACAAAAUAUCCUCCAUGAGAUAGUGCAGGGAGAAGACGCGUACAUGGAGCGCCUCGAUGUCCUGCGUAAUCUGUACCGUGACCGAUUAAUGGCCUCUCAACCCCCCGUCAUCCCUCCGAAGAAACUGAACAAGUUCAUCAAGGAUGUCUUUGGCAAGGUAGAUGCUGUCAAGAAGGCGAACGAGGAGCAUCUUUUGCCUCAGAUGAAGUACCGGCAGCAAGAGCAAGGACCCUGGAUCAUCGGGUUUAGCGACAUCUUCCGAGAAUGGAUCAGGAAAGCGAAACAAGCAUAUAUCGAGUAUGCCGCCGCCUUCCCGUACGCAAGCUUCCUUGUUCGGCAAGAGGCCGAUAAAAACAUGCUGUUCCGCACCUUCUUAGACGAAGUCCGAGCAAACAAGUUGUCGAACAAGUUGAGUUGGGACACUUUCCUCAAAGGACCCAUCACCAGAUUGCAGCAUUACGGUCUUUUGAUCGACACAGUCCUCAAGCGAUCGACUAUAGACAACGAGGAGAAGCGAAACCUCCAGGUGGCGAAAGAUGAGAUCAAAGCGGUCACAUUAGAAUGUGACGCACGCGUUGCUGAGAUGUCCCGUAAGGUGGAUUUGAGCGAUCUUCAGGCGAAGCUGAUACUGCGACCCGGAAUGCAGCGAGUGGAGCUCAAUCUGGACCAUCUUGGCCGAGAACUCAUCUUCAAGGGUGACUUGCUGAGAAUGGGAGGCAACCGGUUCACUUGGCUCGAGACUCACGCACUCCUUUUCGAUCACUAUCUGGUGCUUGCAAAGACGGUGACAUACCGAGAAGCGGAUGGAGUGACGAAGUCGGAGAAGUACGAUGUGUCGAGGCUGCCAAUUCCUAUGGAUUUACUCGUCCUGGAGAGCGAGGACGACGAUCCUGUCAUUCGAUCUGCCGUCAAAGGCAUUGCUGCUGUGACUACAGUCAGCGGCAAAGUAGCAGCAGCUGACGCGCGUUUAGCGCGUGGCUCGAGCAACAGUCCUGGACCUGGCACGCUCCAACACACCAAUACGUCGAACUCGCUCUCGUCAACGAACACCGCGUCCUCGGGUAAGACGAUGGUUAAUACCACCGUUCUCGAGAAUGGCAAGGACGAGAAGAUCAUGUACCCUUUCCGCAUCAAGCACUUAGGCAAGGAAACAUACACCCUCUUCGCGCCAACGGCCCAGAACCGUGCAGAAUGGUGCGACAAACUUAUCAUCGCCAAGACGAAGCAUGCGGCGGCGCUAUUCGCACAGAAUGCUGAACCUUUCCGAUUGAGAGUCAUGGCCGAUGCUGCUUUCGCCUACGAGAGUGCUAUGCCUGCCCAAAAGAGUAUCACGAUCAAGGGCACACCGCUCGAUAGAUCGAUAGAAGAGGUGGAACGGCUGUUCGCGAACUCUGGUCGCCCGGUGCCCAUAUGCCGGGCUCGUGUCAACUGCGCGACUGCUUUCCAUCAGCCGUACGGCAAGCAAAUGGUAGCCGUUGGAACCGACAUCGGUGUCUACAUCUCUGAGUAUGACAACCCUCGCGGCUGGACAAAGGCGAUCCAAAUCCCUAAAGUUACGCAGGUCGCCGUGCUAGAGCAGUUCAGCCUGAUGCUACUCAUCUCUGACAAGUCCCUAAUAGCAUACCAUCUUGAUGCUGUGUGCCCCGUCAGCGGCGUCCCUCCGUCUAACGACUCUACACGUCGGGCACCGCAGAAGCUCUCCGGUGCGCGAGACAUAGGGUUCUUCGCGACUGGAGUGAUGAAGGACAGGACGCUCGUCUUCUACAAGAAGCGUGAGGGUCUCUCAUCGACAUUCAAGGUCCUUGAGCCUGUGUACCAGAAAUCCACGGAGAAGAAGUCGAGGAUAUGGAAGUCAGGCCGCACCGAGUUCUUCCGCGAGUACGACGAGUUCUACAUCCCCACCGACUGUUUUGGCAUCAACCUCUUCCACUCGUCGCUCGCCAUUUCCACCGCAAAGGGCUUCGAGGUUCUUACUUUGGAUAAAAAGCAACCAUGGUCUGUCCCAGACCUCAAGCAACCGCACGUCGCAACUAUCGCAUCGCGACUCCAGAACCAGGACCCGCUGGGCAUGUUCCGUUUGUCGGACCAGGAGUUUCUGCUUUGCUACGAAGAAUGCGCAGUCUAUGUUAACAAGCAUGGCGACAUCUCCCGCUCCGUCAUUAUGGAGUUCGUCGGUAAAGCGAAGAGCGCAGCCAUGUAUGGACCGUAUGUCCUUCUCUUCGACCCUGACUUCGUCGAGAUCAGGAAUGCGCAAAAUGGCCGUCUUAGGCAGGUCAUCGCGGGACGAGACGUCAAGUGCCUGGAUGAUGGGCUGAGCGGCGGCUCAUCCCAUAACCGGACGAUCAAGCUCAGCUUGCAACAUCCGCAACAGGAUCGUUGCCAAGUCGUUGUCGAACUGGUUCUCAAUGAAGGUCAGAAGGAGUGA